AUGUCUCACACUCAGGGAGAAAACCUGAUCAGAAAUGUCAUCUACGACCUCGGACAGAGCUGUGCCUCUGGCGGGGAAGAGGUUUCAGAGACACUCGCUGCUUUUAUGAUCAAAGCUGUCGUCCUGGAUCCAAAGAACGGCUUCGACACGGAGCGCACAUGGUCCUCACAGGACAUACAGAGGCUCACACAGAUCUGUCGACAGAAGCUCUCAGAGACCAGCAGCCCGUUCCUGGACACCAUCAAGAUGCAGGUCCAUUUUGAUCUCAACUACACCACACGCCGGGAGUUCCUGGAGGAGAUCCACUCCGUGUUAGAGUCCAGUCUGAGCUCUCUGACCCGAGACAUCACAGACACCAGAGUGACCACACGAGACCAGGUGGAGGGUCUUUACUCCAGAAUCACACACUACAUGCUGCUGCGCUCUGGCAUGGGCGGCCCCAGUGACCCGGACGCCCUGCAGCUGACCACAGCCGCCCUGCAGAGCGUCUUCCCACAGACAGAGCUGGGAUCCUUCAUGGCUCUGCUCAAACGGGAGAAGGAGCAGCAGCUGAAGGACCUGAGCCUGCUGGUCACGGGGGUCCUCCUCUUCAACCGCAGCAGCAGCACCAAAGACCAGGACGAGCCCAACGUCCAGGACCUGAUGCCGCAGGUUCUGAGGGAGGUGCUUCCUCUGAGCGGGCCGACCCUGGACCAGGAGCUGCAGGACUGUGAGGGUCGAGUGUGGAGGCUCACGGCAGCUUUGGAGGCCCUCACUGACUCUGGGGCCCUCACUGACUCUGGGGCCCUCACUGACUCUGGGGCCCCAACAUCACAGAGUCAGGUCUCUGUGGAGCUCCUGAGACAAGCCCUGUACAACGUCCGCCAGCACCAAGCCUUCAUAAACCUGCUGCUGGCAGACGUGGCGGCGAGUGUGCAGAGGGUGGCGCUCUCUCAGGACGAGCUCAGGACACAGCUCCGUGUGCUCCGGGACACAGUGAGGUCCAGGAGAGCCAUCGCCGCUGCUCAAGUCUUUCCCAUGUUCAGGUCCGUGUCUGGUCUUUGGAGGAGUCUGCAGGACGAGGCCGAGCUGCUCCAAGUCUUCAGGGGCCUCGCGUUGAGACUACGGGAUUUUGUGGGGUCCCAGGCAGUGAUUUUCCCAGAUGAGAAACUGGAAGAUCUCCUGCAGGGGUCACAGAUAAAGAGCGACGCAGAGAGAAGGCGACUUGGUGACGAGAAGCCCAUAGAGGCAGCGGAGGUGAUGGGUCCUGACACCGAGUGGUUGGUGCCUGAAGACCCCAGAGUCACAGCCAGUCUCCAGGGAGUCCAGCUCAGCGGCUUCUGUGGUCACACGCUGGUCUGUCGGGACGGACUACUGCUGCCCGGAAACCCACAACUGGGACUUUUGAAGCACAAGGAGAAGCUGUUUGCGUUCAGCUCCAGAGACGCCGCACUGCUCUUCGCCUCAGACCCAGAGCGCUACAUCUCUGAGUUGGCAGAAAGAGCCAGACACAGCCCAGAGCUCAUCCAGCUGCUGAGCCUGCACCGACAGUUCCCCUGCCUCUCCCCACACGCUCAGGUCAGUACCACCACCGACAGUUCCCCUGCCUCUCCCCACACGCUCGGGUCAGUACCACCACCGACAGUUCCCCUGCCUCUCCCCACACGCUCAGGUCAGUUCCCCUGCCUCUCCCCACACACUCAGGUCAGUUCCCCUGCCUCUCCCCACACACUCAGGUCAGUUCCCCUGCCUCUCCCCACACGCUCAGGUCAGUUCCCUGCCUCUCCCACACGCUCAGUCAGUUCCCCUGCCUCUCCCCACACGCUCAGGUCAGUUCCCCUGCCUCUCCCCACACGCUCAGGUCAGUUCCCCUGCCUCUCCCCACACGCUCAGGUCAGUUCCCCUGCCUCUCCCCACACGCUCAGAGACCGCACUGAGCAGGUGUUGUGUGCACAGCUGCAGUCUGGAGAGCAGCUCCUGGUGCGACCCACGACCUGGAGCUCCAGCGGCUCUCAGACGGACACUCACCCCGUGGAAAGCUUCAUCGAUCCAAACUACCAAUGGAACGAGUGGGACAUGAGGAGAAAGGCGCUUAAGCUGACUGAUCUUCGAACCAAACUCACACACUCGACUCAAACCAACUCCAGCUACCUGCGAAGGGACAGCAGCACUCAGACUUUCCCCCCUAAAGACGCCGUGGGACAGACCAGUGUGGACGGGGAGAGCAGUGUUCCCAGGACCCAGGUGUUCCUGUCUGGACUGAGAGGUCAGAGAGAUGGGUCUGUGGUGAGGGUGGAGCUGACCAGAGACGAAGACCAAUGA